UAAUACAGUGUUGUCUUACACACUCAUGCUGAAUUAUUCCAUGAAUGAAUGAAAUGAAAUUAGUCGACAUUUCUUUGGACAUGUUUAAUUUUAAACACUGAAUAAUUUAAAGUAACUUUGCUCUUUUUCGUAAUUUUUUUUCAAGUUAGUUUUAAGAUUCUAAAUUCCGCGUAAAUUCUAAAGAGUCGCGUGCAAAAUGUAGCGAUUGGCGCGAGCUUUGAAAAAUCGCUGUUCAAGGAAGUCACGCAGUCGCGGUUAAAUGCUGCGCUGGUAAUCUGUGGAGCCUGGUAGCGGCUUCACACCGAUUCUGUGUUGAUCUUAAUAUUAUAUUGAAAGUAAGUACUGACUGGUUAAAACUAAUGAAAAUAAACGUAGGAUUGAUUUCCUUUAACAUAUGUUAAGGUUGAUUAAGUGCCGAUUUCAAUAAAGAAUCAUAAUAGCUUCUUCGACCCGUUGCGGAUAUGGACCGAUAAAAAAAAGUUUUUUUUUUUCAUGCUUACAAAUGAUAUAUUUUGAUUGGUUUAUUCUCGAGAUGUAAUCGAAGAUGUAAGUCUGGAUUACUUAUUGAAAACGGCCGUUAAGCACCGAAGGCUUAGUUCAGUCUCCCCUGCUCAGCAAAUACUACUUAGACAAAAUAAGUACGUACUCCUUGGAAAAAGUAAUUAUCCUUAUAAAAUAUAAACAUAUAGCAAAGUUUCGUCUGUGAUAUAGCGAUUAAUACUUUUUGGUUCCUUUUUUUAAAUGUAGAACUCUAGUAUAUUUAUCUCUUUUAAGAAUCAUUGACGUAGAAAUUUGGCAGAAACCGUCAAUAUAUCGUCGUAAAAACGAUACAGCCAAUCAUAACAAAUUGGAAUUGGAAUAAAGAAUUAUAAAAGUGCCUAUAAUAAUCUAUAUUUUUAUUUUAAUAUGGAAAAUUUCAAAAGUACUGAAACUCAACCUAAUGAGAUUUCCGUUUGUAAAUGUUUACUCGAUGAUAAGUCAUCUGAAGGGAUUGUGAUUUUGGGCCGAAAACAAAAUAUUUUAACCACAGUGUCUAGAACAGAAUACUACCUGCGGGAACGUCGUAUUCCAGAAUUAAUAAGAUUUCUAUUUACCAAAGUAAUAGCUGAAGGUUCAGAUAAGCCAAUGGUAUAUUUGGAAAAGUUAUUGGAUGACUGCAUGUUAUUCCGAGCGGGAUAUGCUUUGGCACCAGUACUUUAUGAAUCAAGGCAUUUGAAAGCUGUAAUUAAAAGUUUCGAUCCAGGACAGCGUGGGUGGUUAAGUGCAGGUCAAAUACGUCGAGCAUACACAACUCUAGGUCUAACACCUAAAGAAUUUCUUGAUGAUAGAGUCCAGUGUGAUAUUGUAAUAAACUCUUUAAAAGAUAGUCAAGAAACCGAGUUAUUAGGUUUGCUUUCUGCUGGUAUGGAAAUGGAUGACAAAGUUGAAGAUUUGAAGUCGGAAAGUUCUACUUAAUUUGUAUCUGUACGAUAUUCUAGUUUACUUACAUUAAACAUUUAAAUAAUUUAAUUUAAACUUAAAAUUUAUAUGCAUAGGAUUUUUUCCCAUAAAGUGUACAUUGUACAUUCGUAAAUGAAUUACAUUUUCUUUUAACUACAUAGUCAAGUACAUAUUUUUGUUAAAAAUAAAAAACAAAAUCGGCGUAACUGCUUGAAAGACUGCAAUGCUGUGGGCUGUAGUAUAAUAAUACUUGAAAUGGUAUCUACAUAAGUGAUGUAUUAAUUUUACCUCCAUAUGAUGUUCAUGUCUAUCGGUAGUUCGUAUUACAGAGUGGUAGCGUAUAUUUAUGAUAAUAAUAUUAUUUUUUAACGAAAAGGGAGGUGAAAAAAAAUAAGGCCGUUAGACCGGCUGCUUUUUUAUUAUAAUUUAUUUUACAUACAUUUUAUAUGUAGUCUUAUCUUAGUCUUUAUUAAGUAGUCUGCGUGUAUUAUGUUCUUUGUAUCCGUGUCGCAUGAAUGAGUCUCUUUUUGUCAUGUUCUUUUUUCACACCACAUUUUUUUUUCCAAAUAACUGACUACACACCACAAGAAACGUCAUAACAAGAUAUCGUUAGUGAAGUGUCAAAUCUGUAUAAUAAGAUUGCAAUAAACGGGAAAGGCUUUACUUAUUAAUAAAUUAUGAUUUUUUGAA